CAAUCUUGACUCAAUCAUCAGUGUAGCUAGCUAGGGUUUUCGCGUCUAACCAAGACCUCUCUCUCGGCUCUCGCGCCCGCUCGACCAGCGCGGAUGGGAAAGGACGGGAAGGGGAAGGAGGCCAAGGGGAAGGGCAAGCAGGCGGCCGGCUCCUCCGACGACGCCGGAGGCGGCAAGGGAGGCAAGGGCAAGGGCAAGGGCGGCAAGGGAGGCGACGACCUCGGCACCUGCACCUUCGUCAAAGCUAGGCACGUGUUGUGCGAGAAGCAGGGGAAGAUCAAUGACGCGUACAAGAAGCUGCAGGAAGGCUGGUUGGACAACGGGGACAAGGUCCCUCCCGCUGAGUUUGCCAAGGUAGCCCAAGAAUUCUCUGAAUGCCCGUCAGGAAAGAAAGGUGGGGAUCUUGGAUGGUUCCCACGUGGUAAAAUGGCUGGUCCUUUCCAGGAGGUUGCGUUCAACACACCCGUGGGAGCUACUAGUGCACCAUUCAAGUCUACGCACGGGUACCACUUCAUCCUCUGCGAAGGCAGGAAGAACUGAUAUGAAAGUAUGCUUCAGGUUUGGAGUGCAAGCACCUUGGGAUAAUAUGGGAUGCAAAUGCCCCCAUGUCUUGUCUGUUGACUCAAUAAGCCUUGUGCCUGGACAUGUGUAUUCAAGCUACUAUUAUACUGUCCCAAACCAGAGUGACUCAGAAAUUGUGCUUGCUACAAGUAACCUGAUAUGAUAUACAGUAUAUGUUUGGGAUAAGCUAAGAUUUAGCUUGUGUUCCUCUUUUACAGUAAAGAAAAGGAAUGCGUUCCUUUUGGGUGGCA